UAAAUUUAUUUAAUUUAUGUAAUUAUAUCACUGAAGCAAUCAAUAUAAUAUAAAUCAGUGUGAGAGCUUAACAAGUCACUGUGGUUAUUCUCGUAAAGUGGUUAGCCUUGAAGUAGAUGUCAUCUAUUAACUCAAAUGAGUGUUGUUUAUUUUAUAUUUUAGUGAUAUUAGUUGCGAAUUCACGAUUAUAUGGCUUUGUUAUUUGACUUAUGUCUUACGUCAAAUCAGAAGAGGCAUGUUUUACCCACGUAUUCGGGAGAAAGGUGCAGGUUUAGUAGUCCUCUGCUGGACUUGCUUGGCCGUGCUGUGCGCCGCGUCCACAGCACCCUGCGACAAGACGCGCAGGGUCUUCACCGAACCGAGUGGUAUCAUCACCGAUGGGCCCAGCAACUCCAAUUACACACAAGACUCGCACUGUGAAUGGCUAAUCAAGGCUGCAAACAGGAGUCAGUAUAUUACACUGAGUUUCAUUCGUAUGGGCACAGAAUGUUCCUAUGACUAUGUAUUUGUGUAUGACGGGGACUCCUUUGAUUCACCAUUACUGGGCAGUUUUAGUGGCAAGACUGAGCCACAAAAUGUUACCGCUUCUAGUGGAUAUAUGCUAAUCCUAUUAUACAGUGACACAAACUAUGUGCUAGAUGGUUUCCGAGCUACAUAUGCCGUCCACAAUUGCCCCAAUAACUGUACAGGCCGUGGUGUAUGCAUGUCCAAUAGAUGCUUCUGUGUCGGCAAAUGGGUGGGACAGGAUUGCAGUGUGGAACUCUGCCCUAACGGCUGCUCAGGCAAUGGACAUUGUAAAGAAAACCGUUGCAUCUGCAAAAAGGGGUAUUCUGGAGAGUCUUGCUCUCUAAAAGUAAAUGACAAAGAAGGAAAUAGCUGGCACUGGCUCUCUCUCACAGAGACUGGCAUGACAAAAAGGGCAGCACACUCUGCAGUGUAUGUCAAUCACACAGACUCUCUAUAUGUUUUUGGAGGAUAUGAUCUGAAUAAAGUUUUAGGUUCUUUGGAGAUUUAUAAGUUUUCAACUAGUCAGUGGUAUGAUGAAAAUGGAAAAAUAAUGCAUAGAUAUCCAACCAAUCAGGAGAUUAAUGAAUCAGUACUCACAUUAUUUACUAAGGGCAAUGACGAAGGCAGCUGGCACAGAGGAAAUAGGAGUUCAUUGUUUAAUUUAUUAUUAUCUUCAUUCUCUCACCAUGACAGAACCACUUUACCUCUUAUGUAUACAAAUUCACCAACACCAUAUUCAGAAAGUUAUUUACAUUUUACUGAUAAACCAGAGAUGAUAAAUUUGGGUAGAGCUAAUUCUACUAAACCAGAACCAAGAUACGGUCACUCAGCUUGUGUAUAUGGAAACGGCUUCAUUCUUUUUGGUGGGAAAUUAUCUGAUGGAAGUUUGUCGUCAGAACUAUGGUUCUAUGAUGUUAUAAGUAACACAUGGUCGCUUAGGGCUGUAAACUCUUCAUUAACGCCACCUGGCUUAACACGACAUACAUUGACGACUGUAAAAGACGAUCUAUAUUUGUUUGGUGGAAGUACAGUUGAUGGCGAGUUUUCUUCUAACAUGUAUAAAAUAAAGUUGAGUGACGUGACUACAGAAGGAUGGGAAAGGGUACAGGUACGUGGGGGGAAAGAGUUGGAUGUGCGUGUUGUAGCACACACUGCCGUCUAUCAUGAACAUUCCAAUUCUAUACUUGUUUAUGGAGGCGUAGUUGCUAGUGUCGCUAGAUUCUCCAAGCUGUCGGAUCGCAUGUUCGCAUUCGACAUUGAUUACAAACAUUGGACCGAAAUACAUUAUCCCAGAGCACAUUUGCGCGACACCUAUGUCCCGAGGGAACGAGCUUUCCACACUUCCACAAUCAUUGGAAACUAUCUCAUUGUAUUUGGAGGAUAUUCUCAUCGGCACAAUCGAGAAGAAAUAUGCUACGACGGUCAAAUGUACAUUUAUCAUCUCGGCUGCCACUCGUGGAUACCUUUGGACGUGUUAGGCAAGAGCCGCAAGCUGUAUCCAAAGAAGCAAGGUGUGUUUGCGCACGCGGCGGCCUUGAAACCGCCAUCCACAUUACUAAUUGCCGGCGGAUAUCACGGAAAUGUCAACGGUGAUCUGCUAGCGUAUGUGGUGCCGAGUUGGCAGGCGGGUAUUUUGAACAGCGACCCUGAGUCGGCUUGUCCGCGUCACCGCACACAGCCUGAAUGCCUGGCAGACCCCGAGUGCGGCUGGUGCUCUGCAGACGACAUCUGCUACGGGAGAACAAUAGUCUCGAACUGCACGACGAACCUUCAGUCAAUUCGCUGCGGUGGCAUUUGCCCGACCCUCGGUGACUGCCACUCGUGUCUGAUCCACGGGCCAGCGCUGGCCGCCGCCAGUGCAAACUCCUCACGCGUUGCCCUGCCUUCCGUCAGCACAAAGCUCAAACUCUACCAAUGCACCUGGUGUGUGCAGAAUGCUAGAUGCCAUCACAAGGAAGAUACUUACGGAGUGUGCGGUGAAGAUACUCCUUCAGAAAAUCCAGGCUGGUGGGGUGCUACCGGGACCGAAGUGACCGCACCCGACCAAUGCAAGAACUUAGACAAACGCCCCGGUCUUACGUUCAUUAGAUAUCAACAGCCAGCAGACUGGAAUCAUCCUGACGGAGUGUCGGUCGUUAACGCUACUACUAUCGAUUGGGGCACGGGUGGCGGCAGCAAUCACAUCUUCAGCGGGUCCAGCGAGGCAAGACUACGCGGCUGGUUACACAUACCGCAGUACUGGAACGGUACAGGGGAAACCCUACACGUCUGCGCUGGAUACGCAAACAUAACCCUGACGCUCAAUGAAAGCAAGAACUCUGUGGCUAACUUAACAGCGCAGCCGUCUGCUUGCUCGCUAGUCAACUGGCCUGCGCUCGAACCCAGCCGCAUUUACGUCGACAUGCAUGCCAACGACUCAUUACACACUGGACUCUAUCCAUCUCAUCAUCACGCCAAAAUGGAAUUGUUACAUAAUAAAUCUCUGGAGACUGCAAAGGUUUUCACAUUUGAGUUCCUCGAACCAUAUUCCAACGGUCAAUGUGCCAGCUAUGACAACUGCUUGCUUUGUCUAUCGGAUGCAGCAUGUGGGUGGUGCGAGCUUACCAACCGGUGCGAGCAACGUGAUGCCAACGAACAAAACGAAUGCGCGGCUGACGGUGAAUGGCGGUACCUCACUCUGCAACCGUCAGCUUGCCCUAAUUGUUCAAACUACAUUAGCUGUGAGCGCUGUGUUUCCGGGAAUUACUGUGAGUGGUGGGCUGACGAAGCUCGAUGUGCACGUCGUGGUCGUGCUAGCGGGGCCAUCGUAGAAGUCAGCGAGUGCCCCGCGCCUUGCCGCCUGCGACUCGACUGCGAGCAUUGUCUAGACGAGCGCGGCCGCUGUGUCUGGUGCGAAGCCACCCGCCAGUGUUUCAGUUUUAGCGUUUACACUAGCGAGUACCAGUUCGGCUUAUGUCGCGAGUGGCUAGAUCGCGCCUCGACACCCACAGACGAUACCACACGCAAAUCUAGCCAAUGCAAAUCUUGCCAGGCUCAUACUCAAUGCUCCACAUGCUUACGAAGUAUGGGAUGUGGUUGGUGUCACUCACACGAAAAUCCAAUAAUUGGCGCAUGCACCGAGGGCGAUUUUACGAGGUCACAUAUGUCCUGUGCGUCUUUGCUGAAUGUAACUGUAUCGGACGCGGGGUGGGCCUACGCUCAGUGUCCUGACGUUGACGAGUGCGGCCUUGGCCUGCACGAUUGUCAUGAACAUGCCGUAUGCAAUAACACCCAUGGCUCUUAUACGUGUAAAUGUAAACAAGGUUACAUCGGUGACGGAAAGAAGAGUUGCAUUCGAACAUGCUACAAUAACUGCAUCCACGGCUAUUGCCUUGGCGCACCGCAAUACAAAUGCAACUGUGAUUUAGGCUGGACGGGAGCCGAUUGCUCGAUUAACUGUGGCUGUCACAACCACUCUACGUGUCGCACUGGCGUAGGUAGAUGCGACGAGUGUCAGGAUUGGACUGAGGGUGAAUUUUGUGAAUCAUGCAAACCAGGAAGCCAUGGAAACGCAACAACCGGGCAAGGUUGCCGGCGAUGUGACUGUAAUGAUCACGGUGAUGAAACUCGCGGAGUGUGUGACGUCAGCACUGGAGAAUGUAUUUGCAAGGAUAACACUCAAGGACAGAACUGCGAAAGUUGUAAACCUAAGUUCCAUGGAGACCCUCGACACGGAGGAAAAUGUUUUUAUCAAUGUGAGCCCCGAGGUAUGCUCAAUGCCACUGAAACUGAAGGAAUUACUUCGUACAUGUCGGAUCCGAAUAUAAAGACCGUUGGACCAUCUAAAGAAUGUCUAUGGAUUAUUUCUGCUGAAGAAAUAAAAGACGCCAUAAUCCAAUUUUCAAUAAACUCGGAGCGUUUUAACGUGCCAUGCGAUGAAAAUGCCGUGUAUGUGUAUGACGGGCUGGGUGGAGUUCCAGACAUUAGUAACAACCAGCAAAGUCAGUUGCUUGGUGUGUUCUGCACGGGUGCUUCAGGAGUUGUGGAAGCUCGCAGUGGUAACUUAACUGUCCAUUACAAACAGGGUCAUUUGGAACAAGGCUUUGAAGGCAUUUACAAAGUUUUAGGAUGUGAUGGCUACUGUGCUUGGCCAAGAGUUUGCAAAGGAAGACGUUGUGUUUGUAGAGAUGGUUACGAUGGGCCAAACUGCGAAGUUGACAUUUGCCGAAAUAACUGUAGCAUGGCGAAUAACGCAGGAGUGUGCGACUCCAGUUACGGAAGAUGCCUUUGUAACGAAGGAUUUGGUGCAGAAGAUUGUUCCGUCAAGUUGGAUAAAAGUCAACUGGUGUUUACAGAACUUUUCAAUUCAGAAUACUUGUCAGACGGAUUAGAUCAUUUGAGGAAAACUUUACCGAGGUUUGGCCACAGUUUGGUUGCAGAUCGCCGAGGAUUGUGGAUGUUCGGAGGUUACUCAUUGUCGCAUGGCCCUCUGAACGACAUAAGAUUUUUUGACACAAAGAAUAACACUUGGAUGCAGGUCACAGUUGAAGCAACUCCCGAUGCAAAAAUGCCGGAAGGUCGAUAUUUCCAUGCGGCUGAAAUAUAUCACUCUAAACAAAACAUCUACAUUUAUGGUGGUCUUAGUCUACAAGAAAAAAGUGGCUUAAAUAAAACGCUAAGUGAUUUCUGGCAGUUUAGUUUGAAAGAUCAGAGAUGGAGUAAUAUUAGUAGUAAAGAAGAGCAACCGCCUCCACUUGCUGGACAUACAUUGACACUGCAAAAGUAUCAGGAUUAUGAAAGUCUUGUUAUGAUCGGAGGCUUUUCGUUAGAGUAUGGUUUCAUGGCUGACAUGUGGGAGUUCGACCUGGAUAACGACAAAUGGAUAAAAUUACAAUGUGGCGGUACGAAACCUUUGGGAAUAAUCGGUCACAGCACGGUUUAUCACGCACUGUCUCAGAGUUUGUACAUCUAUGGCGGAAUAUUGUAUACCUACAAUGGUACUACGCUGUCUAAUACAUUGUUCUCAUUCCAUUACCCUACUAAGAAAUGGAGCGAACUGCCAACUUUUCCGAAUUUAAAUAGCUUUAAAAAUCAACCCAUACCGACAUACUUGCACUCAGCUGUGACUACAGAUGACUAUAUGAUCAUUUUUGGAGGUAAAAGCGAUUCAUCUUUAACAUCGGAAUCACUUCAUGCUUACGUGUAUGGAUGCAAUCAAUGGGUCAAACUUACGACAGGAGUAACCAUAGUGGGUCAUCCUCCACCUCCGACAAUAGCGCAUGCAAUGGCAAUAGACGUCGAAGCAGAAAACGAAGGAUACAUCUACAUAAUAGGAGGUUGGACAGGCAAUGCACAUUGCCAAGUCACCCGCAUAUCGUUACCUGAAGAUCUCUGUUCACUGUGGAGCACCAGUAAACUAGAUUGCCGCAGUCGUAUGGGAUGCAGUUUCUGUAGUGCUGGGAAUUAUACUAAAUGCUACUCAGUAGGGAAACCCGGUUGCGAAAGCAGCGAUAUUGUGUCUACCAAUUCUGGAACUGCAUGCAAUGCGGAGCUGGUUGCACGACGAUCGUGUGAAAACUUCACUACUUGUUCAUCGUGUUUGGCUGCGUGGCCUAUGUAUCCCGAAGAGAAACCUGCUUGUCGUUGGUGCGAAUCUUGUGCAGCUGCAGUUGGCGAAUGUGUUCCUACGGAUGAAUCGUGUCACAGUAUGAAAUGUAACGCGGGAACAACUUACAUCAGCGACGUGGACCAGUGUCCGGAACUGAGAUGCGCGGCGUCUGAUUGCGAAAAGUGCGUCACUAAUAACCAGUGUCAGUGGACUAGACUGAUCAAUAGACAAGGUCAAAUAAUAAAAGUGCCAGAAAGUCCUAACGAACUUUUCAAUUGGACUUGCGCUAUUUCGGAUGAACCAACACGAAGCAUUUCGCGUCCAUGGACAAAAGACGACUGUCCUAAACGGUGUCACGAAUACGAUGAUUGCCAGUCGUGUCUUAGUUCUGAUGGUGCAGAAGGGGGAUUCGCGGAGUGCCACUGGGCAACUUAUCUCGGAAAGUGCAUAUCACCUGCGUAUCAACCCGUAUACUGUGCUGGUGGUGUAUGCGGUUUGGUGCUUACUAAAGCUGAUAAGAACAAGUGCCCAGCACCUUGUGGAACAUUUGAGCAGUGCUCAGAGUGCUUGCAUCAUUCCCAUUGCGGCUGGUGCGCACUAGAGGGCGCGAACGGGCAAGGUGUCUGCGCUGAAGGCUCCAUUGACUCCCCUCUCGAUUACUCAACACGAACCACUUGUGCGGCAGUUUAUGAAAGUGUGCACCAAACGAACACCACGAAUGACACUUUUUCUUGGCACUAUACUAGAUGUCCACCGGAGAAUGAAUGCGAAAAUAAUCAUCAUCAAUGUAAAGCAGAGUCUGAGGUGUGUCGGGACCUGCCCGAAGGCUAUGAGUGCGCUUGCGGCACGGGGUACAAGCGUGCAGGGGGUGGAGGAUGCGCGGCAGUGUGUGCGCAGGGUUGCGUGCGCGGCGCUUGCGUGCAGCCCGAUGUGUGCCGCUGCGAUUUCGGCUACGUCGGCGCCAAUUGCACCAUCCAGUGCCAAUGUAACGGACACGCACACUGCGAAGGACCCGACAAGCUCGACAAGUGUAUUGAGUGCCACAACAACACCAUGGGCAACCAAUGCGAGAAAUGCAAGCCGAACUUUGUGGGCGACCCUACCGACAACGGUCAAUGCAUCCCUUGUUCAACGUACUGUCACGGCCACACCAGCAUCUGUACGAACGAUCUGUCAGAUGUGUCUCCGACUUCGCGCGAUGUGAGCAGUGCAGAUUUGGAGGACUACUAUCGCGAGGGCGGGUCUUCCGCUAGAGCGCGCUGCGUGCGUUGUGCCAAUAGUACAGAAGGCCUUAGAUGCGACAGGUGUAUCGCGGGCUAUUUCAGAGGGUCGGAGGAACUUCGAGAUCCAUGUAGACCAUGUGAGUGUCACGGCCACGGCGACAUCUGCGACCCGGUGACAGGAGAAAAGUGCAACUGUGGCAACAACACCGAAAGCGACGUUUCGUGCCAGACCUCCAGCUCGAGCAAAAAUUCCGCACAGGAGUGCUGGCGCUAUCAGUGCGUCAAGUGUCGCGACCUCUAUAUGGGCGAUCCGCGUAACGGGCAUCAGUGCUAUAAGACCAUCAAUAUUGAAAACAAACUCUGCUUCGAUGGCAAGUCUAUUGAUGAAUGCAAAAUCAAGCCGCGUCCUCUGUACCCCGGUCAAACCGUGUUUGUGGCUGUGAAUCCUAGAUACAUGAACGUAGACAUACGAGUCAUCGUCGAUGUCACCCAGGGUGCAGUCGAUUUAUAUUUGAGCCCGAACGAUAGCUCAUUUGUUGUCUCUGUCAACUCCAGUACGGGUUCGCAUGCCGUAGAACUAGAUCCAACUUAUUAUAAACAUGAACCGUUCCGAAAAAUGCCCUCGUUUGACGACCACGUGGCCGAAAAGCCGCAACUGUCGUGGUACUACGAUAAGACGGAAUACACGCUCGCCGAUUAUGCGGCUAAAGACUUGGCAACAUAUGUCACUGUUGAUAGAAAAAAUAUACUGCUCCGUGUGAGAAAUCUACAUAACCGCCUAGUGCUUACUCUUCCAAAUACGAUUCAUGACCUGACGCACACUAAGUUCUACAUAAUAAUUCGCGCGCGCGCCUCUGAAGACGGCGCUGCAAGCUUCGGUAUUGUCUUCUUCCGCCAGGACCAGCUCCACAUUGAUUUGUUUGUGUUUUUUUCCGUGUUUUUCUCCUGCUUUUUCCUGUUCCUGGCCGCGUGUGUCGUAGCUUGGAAGGCCAAACAGGCGGCGGAUGUGAGACGGGCUAGAAGAAGACACGUAGUGGAGAUGCUGCACAUGGCGAAGCGGCCUUUUGCAGCGGUAACGGUGCUGCUGAACGGAAGCGUGACGUCAACAGGUGGGGCGCGUCGGCGUCGCGCGCCCGAUCUUCGCCCCAUCGCCAUCGAACCCACAGGCGACGGCCGCGCCGCCGUCACAUCCGUGCUCGUCAGGCUGCCUGGCGGACAGCGUGCGCCAGUGAGGCUUGCGCUGGCGUCGUCGCUGGUUCAGGUAUCGCGCGCGCCGUCCGGCCGCGGGCGCCCACGCCGUGCCGCGCCCGCGCCUCUCUCCUAGCCUCUGCGCCGCCUCCCACCGCCGAGACUAGUCUAAGGCGACGGAGCAUGACCUAAGAAACGGAAAAAUCCUAGAAACUUAUUGUGAAUUUCCUGUAGUGUGUGUCCCUUAUGAGCCGAUCGGACUCUCGGGAGGAAGAAGUAAAAUGCUCGAAUCGCUCGUGCCAGAUGUAGAAAUAGGCCACAGUACAGCUUAUAUACGUAAGAUCAAAAUAGUGAGAAAUUUUAAGUUUUUCGUUGUAGCUAGAUGUCCUAUCGAAAAAAGUCGAUUUAUUUUCAGUGCAUAUUUUGAAAUGUUCUUCCCCGUGCGAGCUGUGCUCAGCCAUGUUAAUGUAACUAUAAGUAAUUACUACUUUAGUUGUAGGCAAUCUGUUGUUAUUUUUUAUGUCUAUUUUGUUUUAUUGUGGUGAAUUGGUCUCCACUUAUACAAUGUGUCGGGUCCGUUAUAACAUUGCAGCUGUUUAUUUAUGUACGUAUUUAUCUUCUGAAUUUGUUGUGUUGUGUCUGACAAUCGCGUGUAUGUAAAGAGCCAAAGGAAUCAAAAUUGAGCGCAAAAAUUUUGCGUGGGUUGUGAAUAGCCAAUAGUAGCAGAAGCUGUUACGUUGAUUAUUUCCAAAUUUUAUAAUAUGUGUUGGUAAAAUUUUAUUGUAUGUCGUGAUGUCGUGUUACUAAUUUAGAAAUAAUUAUAUCCAUGUCAUUUUUUACUUUUUCUCUCUGAUACAAGUACAUACUAUGAAUCUUAUAUAUUUCUGUGCUAAUCGAAUUAUAGUUAU